UGUCUUCCGCACUGAUGUUUCGUCAGUUCAUUGGCUGUUGACGCAGCGUUCUCCAGAAGGUGUCCGUCACCGUUUGCAGGGAGGAGGACGCGCGUCGCGGCCUGCCUCUGCGUCUGCCAUCUGUGCGCCCCUCCCUCCCUCCCUCUCUCUCCAUCCCUCCCUCUCUGGCUCUCAGCAUCUCAGGGAGGCAGAAACCCGACGCUCCUGAUCGCCGCUGUCGCCGCUUUUGAAUGAACAAUCGCGGCGUUUCGCCAUGUGCUGCUGAAUGCGGCAGCAGUCGGUGACGCUUCACGGGCGAGCGUGCGUCAAAGCGCUGGAUUCGGAAGGCAUUUCUCGCUCUUCAGCUGGAAUUUUCCAAGGGCACCAGCAUGCGGCAGAGAUGAUCUGCCGGAUGAAGUGAGCAGGUCACAGGGGGAGGGCUGUGCAGUCACCGACUUCCCAGAGUUGUCUGUUUUUUAAAGCGUUUCUGGGGAUGAUGCCACGUCACGAGGUGAUGGGAUCCACGAAAAGCCGCAGCUCCUCCGAUUCCGUCCGCCUGUUUUGGGCGAUGAUCCUCUGAAAGAAACUGUUGAUGUUCAGCCUUCGCUGUGCGCGCGGCCGGAUCGCAACAUCCACCUAGAUUUUCUGGAUUGCGUAAAAUGAUACCUGGAUCUGCCGCAUCAAUGCUACCGUCUGCAGAAGCUGCGAAACUCUACCAGACCAAUUACGUCCGCAACUCCCGAGUCAUCGGACUUCUCUGGGCCAUUUUUACUAUCCUGUUCGGCAUCGUGAACGUGACCAUCUUCUCGCAGCCCUAUUGGAUCGGGGAUGGCGUGGACACGCCGCAGGCCGGCUACUUCGGCCUCUUCCACUAUUGCAUCGGGGACGGACACUCCAGAGACCUGGCCUGCCAGGGCAGCUUCACCGAGUUCUCCGCCAUCCCCUCCGGUGCGUUCAAGGCCGCCUCCUUCUUCAUUGGAAUGUCUAUGAUGCUGGUGGUCACCUGCAUCGGCUGCUUCAGCCUCUUCUUCCUCCUCAGCACCUCCACCGUCUACAAGAUCUGUGGCUGGAUGCAAGCAGCCUCAGGUGUGUGUCUGGUGCUGGGCUGCAUGAUCUACCCCGACGGCUGGGAUAGCGACGAGGUCAGGCGGAUGUGCGGAGAGCAGACAGACAAAUACAGCCUGGGGGCCUGCUCCAUGCGCUGGGCUUACAUCCUGGCAAUCAUGGGGAUCCUGGACGCCCUCAUCCUCUCCUUCCUCGCCUUCGUCCUGGGGAACAGGCAGGACGGACUCAUGACGGAAGAGCUGCUGGCUGAGAGCAAGGAGGGAGGGAAUGCCUAAACAAGUUCUUCGAUUUCUGGGUUCAGAUGUGUCCAUUUACAUGACGCCCCGCAGCGUUCAACACCACCUUAUGAGGGGAAAGCACUAUGGGUUCACAAGGAGGAGAAAAUACUCUGUCUACAUCUACCUGCAGAAAUCCAAAUAUAAUCUGCCUUUGCAUCAAACCCAGGAUUGCUACAUCUGACUCCAGCAUUUAGAUGGGCCCAGCACACCUCCAACCACACGUGUCCCCUGAGCCAAACCUUUGCGCAGCACUGAAUACUGAAUAGACCAUGGCAGGAGAGGAGACUGUUAUCCUGUUUAGAGGAAGAGGACACGGAAGAUCCACAGCCUGCCUGAGAACACACGGACACCCACACAUAUGCAGAAACCAGAUGAGGACUUGGACUGGACUUUUAAGUCUCACAAGUGAAGCUUGACUCUAGACUCGACAACUUCAGACUCGGUUUUGCAAUUUUUAUGACUUUUGAACAAUUUUCCCAUUUUUAUUUUAAGUUUUACCUCAAGAACAUCACUACAAGAUAUAAAAGAGGUAUUUUUCAAUGUUUUUUUCCUAGUUUUGGGGAUAGAAAAACACAAUCUGCCAGCUAAUGUGUUGCCACUAGAUGUCAUAAUGUGGCAAAAUUACCAUAAUAUUCAUUUUUUAUUAUUAUUUUUAAGACUUGAGACUUUAAGUUACAGCUAAAACUUGAGACUUGUCUUGGAUUUGUGACCAAAGACUUCAAACUUGACUUGGACUUCCAUAAAAGGACUUGUGAGCAGUAACACAACCCUGUACAAAUAAGCAACAAUUCAAUAAUAAACAGUUGUAAUUACAAGUAUCACAUUUCACCACUUAGCUGUAUGUGUUACCAUUAGAAUGCAUAACACGAUUUGUUUGUAAAAAAAAAAAAAAAUGUAAAUGUGAAUCCAUUGUGUUUAGGUUAAAGAAUAACCCUCAAAGCUGGAGUUUAUUCUUGUAUUUAUAUUCCACUUUGUCCCCCUUAUUGUACUAGAAGAAAAUAUUUAAGACUGUUUUAUAACACUAUCAACAUUAACUUGUAUUACAAAGUAUGUACAGUGAAUAUUUAAAACGAUGUAGGAAUUUUAAUCAACUCAGCACCCUGCUAGCUAACUUUGCACAGUGCUUCAUUUUCAGAGGAGACCUGCUGUUUUGUAGUUUGUGUGACCUCACUGUGAUGGUGGCUGUCGGGUUUGACUGCUGCAGGGCUGCUGUGUGUGCGAGUGAUGGGACGAGUGCAUGCACAUGAGUGCGAGGUGUGAACAUAAGUUUGUCAGGUCGGUGAGCAGACGUGCCAGCCUCUCACAUCGCUGUCCAGUCUGUGUCUGUCUUUGUCUCCAGCCUGGCUGUUCUGUUUCUAUCUUCUUCGAUUGCUUUUCUGUGUUUCGUUGGGACGUACAGGGUACAGCAGGAGUGUGGAGACGGUGAGUCAGUGAGGCGUGUCCCACCUUAACCUGUGGAUCUGUACCUGAGUAAAAACAAAUUCUGUAGAUAUUGAUUAGAGAUCAUAUCAAGGUGGGGAUCAGCUUAGACCAAUUAAAAUGUUUCCUUGGAGAAUAUAUAAAUACUUAAUAAAGGUUUUCACUGUAAUCGA